AUGGCUUCCCUAAACGUGGCUUUCCCGGUGGCAGUAUGCCUAAUAUUCUUGGGUGCAGACCACGCACUUGCAGCAAGAAACGUGAUUAAUCCCAUGCAGCCAGGCUACAACAUCCCCAUCGCGGCAAGGAUCAAAACUGGAAACGAAGGGGAUGGUAGACUAGCGAAUUGCUGGAAUGCGCUUGUGGAGCUGAAAUCAUGCUCCAAUGAGGUGGUUCUGUUUUUCCUGAAUGGGCAGGCUGAUAUAGGGCCCGACUGUUGCAAAGCCAUUGCCACUAUUACACGCCACUGCUGGCCUGCAAUGCUCACUUCGAUUGGUUUCACGGCUGAGGAGGGUAACAUUUUGCGAGGCUACUGUGAUGCCGCUGCAUCUGCUACUAGUACUAAUUCCUCCGCCCCUUCUUCACCACCUCUUGCUGCCGCCGCUACCACGCCUGUUCCUCCCGCCCACUAA